CAUCCCCCCACAUACAAACACACAGACGCACUCAAUGCUUGUUCACACUCUUUGUUAUCAACUACUUCUCGGUAGCUUUCUCUCUUGGACAGCAACAGAAACUCACACAGACACACUGAACAAACAGGCUCUCCACCACGUGAUACACCAUCCAUUUAGACAUAGCAGCGGCACCCAGGAUUUUUGUCCUCAAUAUGCAAAACAAAUCUGAUGUAAAGGCCAUCAUGGCUCGCUUCCAAGCGAGUGGGGCCAGCACUGACGAAACUUCUUCCGCACCGGCUGGACGUCCCAAACAACCCCUGCACCCCACCAUCUCCGCCGGCCCGAUCGUACAGACCAAGAAACCUGUCUUGGAGAGCCUCUCAGGCAGUGCAAUAAAUGCUCCUUCUAAACCCACUUUCCUGAAAAGUACAGUAUCAACAAAAAGUGACACAGAGGCACAUGAACUAAACAAAACUAAAGCCCUGGCUAGCAGGUUUGCAAACACCCAGGAUGACACCAACACCAACAGCAAACCUUUCCUUGCUAAUAAACAGCAGAUACCCUUGAAGCCACCUAUUUCCCCGGCUCCUGAUGCUAAAAGCCCAGUACAGAAGCUCCCUUUCAACAAGCCCUCCCUCAGCUCCCCUCUGUCCGACUCCAAAACUGUAAUUCCUAAACCCCCUCCAGUACUUAGCUCUAAGCCCAGCUGGGUGAAAGAAGACAGUGGCGGGGGCCUAAACAGCUCCACACCUCCCAAAAUGCCUCCUGUACAACAGAAACCAAGCAGCAGCAUUAUAAAAUUACGUCAGCAAAAUGAAGAGAUGGCAGGAGCUAACACGGACAGUACAAGCAAACCUUUACCUCCGGCAAACUCCACUUUUAAGUCCCCCUCCAACUUCAGAACUGCUCAGAACAUCUUCAACAAGGAGAAGGACACAACUGAGCAGUCAGAUAGUGGCGUUAACGCUGUCGAAGCCAGCAAGCCUUCCUUUGCUGCUACUAACUCCACCAUUCCUCCCAAACCUCCAGCCAAUAAAAAACCUAGCUUAAAGAAGCCGCCAAAGCCUUCUCCUCAGACCAGUAGCGUUAACGGUGACGCCACUUCAGGCCCCAAGCGUAACCCCCUCCCCAACAGUUUAGCUUUGGGUCCUGCUCCUGCCAAGCCCAACCGACCCCCCAAAGUCAACCUGGAGAACUUUAAAAAACGUGCAGAGGCCUCUGAUGAUGCUCCUAGCACCUUUAAGAAACCCAUCAUCCCAACUCCUCCGGCCUCUCACCCGACUCAACCCCCUCAGACAGCACUUCCCAGUCUGCCCCCACGACACCCUGGAACCAUGAUCCAGGAAGAUGAAGUAUAUGAUGAUGUUGAUGAAUUCAACAGCUCUCCUCCACCUCUACCUCCAUCUACAGCUCACCCGAGUCAGAGGGCAAAGGAGGAAAAUGAUGGUGAUGAUGAUGAUGGAGAGAUGUAUGAGGACCUUGAUGAACGAUGGGAAGCAGCUGAGCAAAAACAAGAUAAGACAAAAGAGAAAUCCGAGAAGGAGGAGAAAAAACGACUAGAGGCUGAAAAGAAAGAGCAGAAGGAACGUGAGAAGAAGGAGCAAGAUGCCAGAAAGAAAUUCAAAUUGGUUGGCCCCCUGGAGGUCAUCCACCAAGGAAAGGCUCGUUUGGAUUGCCGAGGCAGUAAAACCGACCUUGCUCUGAAGCAGGGAGAGGGUCUGGACAUCAUUCGUGUCCAGGGCAACCCAGAGGGAAAAUGGUUGGGACGGUCGCAGGAUGGGUCCAUUGGUUAUGUGAAGACCACUUCAGUGGAAAUUGACUUUGACACUCUGAAGAAUCGUAAAGCUCAGCCGGCAUACGACCCUGAAGUGUAUGAUGAUAUUGACGUGGCCUCUCCUGAUAACAGUGGGAUCAAAGGACCAGGAGUUGUCUUACCCCCACUACCAGGAGAUGGAGGAGAGAUAUAUGAUGAUGUUAUUGAUCCAAACCUUGAAGUCAGUCCCCUGGACCUGAGGUCUUCUCCUAUGAAACCUCGUGCCUUCCUAUGGAUGUUUGACCGGAACAGACGUCAUGUCAGCACUAAAGAAGUGCCUCCACCCAGCCAGUUUACUACAGAUGCAAAUUCAGAUCAGCCAGGGGCAGAUGAGGAAAUAUACGAUGAUGUUGACUCUCAAAAUUUGCCUCCCCUUCCUCCCCUAAGCAGCCUUCCACUUAAAGGCAAAAGCAAGACUGAAGAGAUGGACCCAAAGAAACAGAAAAAGUUUGAGAAAGAGGAGAAGGAAUUCAGGAAAAAGUUUAAAUAUGACGGGGCGAUACAGGUGCUGUACCAGGUGACCAUCAUCCCAACACUUAAUAAUAAGAAGUGGGCUGUAAAAGAGCUUCCGGUCAAAGCAGGUGAAAAACUGGACGUCAUUGUUAAAGCCGUGGAUAACAAAUUGAUCUGUCGGAACGAGGAUGGCAAGUUUGGUUAUGUUUCAACCAACCACAUUGAUAUGGACGACGGUGAAAUCUACGAUGAUAUCGGAGACGAUUGCAUCUAUGACAACGAUUAAAAAAAACAUCCUGAUCUGGGUUCAAUGUUUUACACUGAUAUUGUUCAUGUUAUUUAUUAUGUGUACUGAUGAUAUACAUUAGGAGCUGCUUUUGGUUAGCCUGAUAAUCAGACUGAAUUGUCAUUUCAUUUUCAUUUAAUUUUUUAUCAAUCAAUAUUUGAAUCACUGAAUAAAUUGGACAUGGACAAUGGUUCAGAUACCUGGAACAAGGCUAGCUUUAAUUACUUUAGAACAGCAUUAUUCUUCUGUUUUUGCUUGUGUUUCUUCAAAAAAACAAACAAACAAAUUAUUUAAUGUGGCUAUAACGCCUCAGCAAAGUGGGAAACAUUUGUUGGAACAACAGUAUUUGCAUAUUUCAUAUUGCAGUUUUCUUCAAUAUUUCCUCUUUUUGACUGCUUUCAGAAACUCCAAAGCAUCAAUUUACCUGUAUUUCUUUAUUUUUUCUCUACUGUUUAGAUUAGCUACAUGUUUAAAUAAAGUUGUAAACAUUACUUGCAAUUUUAUUUAAUGUCCAAGAUACUGUAUGUAUAUUCCAUUUCUAUCUGCAAGACCAGCUGAAAUGUUAUCAGAUUACUCUGGUGUCUUUGUCUUAAGUUUCAACUUGAAGACUAAACUAUUGUAUUAGUGGCAAAGUGCCUCCUGUACAUAUAUAAUACAAAUUACAUUUUGGGGGGGAAAGUGUUAUUUUUCUCUACACCCCUUAGUUUGGUCUGUUGUGGCAUGUCUGCUAUAGAGACAGUGCUCAUUUCCCAGUGGUAUAUCUGACUAUUAAAUGAUAUUGUGCAUGUUAUUGUGCACUGUUGUA